AUGCGGUUCGAAAAUAUCAUCACAGACCGAACUUGGUCUUUGUUCCUCUAUACCAUUUUAUUUGUAUUUUCUAUCACGCUUGUUGUGGGGUCACCUCUAGCCUUAGACAAGAACGAAACAAUGCUACCCGCCGUGGUUGAUAGCUCCACUUUCGAAGCUCUCACACCAAGCCAUCAGCCCUAUUUGAAUUGGACAAACAUCAAGGGAACCCCAGUAAAAGUUGAACUGGGCCGACGAACAAAUACUCCCACAGACUAUGGCAGCGACUAUGAAAGCGACGACGGCACCAACAUACCAGAUGAUGAACACCCCUACGGCCCUGAUGACCACCCUCCACUGACCGUAUACGACUUCUACGAUUCCACAGGCUAUAGGAUCGAAUUGGUUUUGCAAACCAAGCGUCUGCAGUCAUGUCAUAUCAACUUAAAUGUAGGAAUUGCCGUUGUUCUUAUCAAGGUGUCGUUGUUCCCAACCCGAACUAUCGGCCUGAUAUCCAUUUUCAACGGCGAUGUGACACCGCGCUUAUUUCAGAGACGUGCCGGACUGCAGCAGGUGGGAUGCUAUUGUGCGGCAACCCUAAUACAACCAACCAAUAUUCCCCUAACUAUCUCAGAUGCAGAGAUCCAAGACACUCUUGACGAGAUCCCCAAAGGUAUAAAAAAGAGUCAUGAAGGCUAUGUAUACCGUCAUGGCGAUGGGAAAGAAUUCGGGUUCACGCCAUUCGAUCUUGAUCCCAAUUUUAUUCUCGAGUAUACGCUCUCCGACUGGGACAGCGACCUUGCCUUGCGAAACGGGGACUCUCCAGCCCCACCCUCCAAAAUAUCACAUUCUGGAAACCGACAGUAUCUUGUUCCGGGGACCGAGGAACCAUACUAUCUGGAGGGCCCGGAGUCAAAAGAUCGCUUGGAUGAACUUCAAGCUCGGUAUGGCACUUUAGAUACUGCCUUUUUUGGAAACAGAAAGAAUUCGAAGCGUGAUGUUUCAAGUGAUAAGCCGAGCUUAGGGGUUUCCAUUUGGGAUAAGAAUCGGGUUCUAGAGAAGGGACCGAAGGAUAUCAAUCAUGUCUCCCUUGUAAGAAUGGGACAUUCCGUAUCUGAACCUAAUGUAGAGGAACCAACAAAGACUAUUUGGCCUUGA